AUGACUGCAUCAGCAGAUCUUCCAUAUGCUGAUAGGGAUGUGGGCGGUUGUGGUGGCCCAAAGCCUCACAUUGCCAUCGUUGGAGGAGGAAUUGUUGGCGUGGUUCUUACCCUCGGACUGAUCAAACAGGCAAUUCCAGUACAGCUUUACGAACAGGCGCAGGGAUUCCGUGAGCUAGGGGCAGGUAUCGCCUUUUCGGCUUGUGCACGUCGCUGCAUGGAGCUUAUUGAUCCAAGUAUACCCCAAGCCUUGGUCCGCGGUGGCGCAGUGUCCAUCUCGGACGUGGAAGAUCAAGAUUGCCUGCGCUGGAUUGACGGUUAUAACCAAUACCGCCCUGAUGAACCCGAAUACCAAAAACCACUGGCUCAGAUAGGCGGCGCGGGCUUCAGAGGUUGUCGACGAGAUGAGUUCCUCGAAGAGCUGUCCAAAAGCCUACCUGCUGGCGUCAUCAAGUUCGGCAAGCGAUUAGAGACGAUAGAGAAUCAAGCCGAUGGGAAGAUAAUCCUUGCUUUUGGUGAUGGUACACAAGCUGAGGCGACUGCAGUUAUCGGCUGUGACGGCAUAAAGUCCCGUGUCCGCAAACACAUGUAUGGUGCCAAAAACGAGGCAUCAUACCCACAAUUCACUCACAAAGUCGCCUACCGUGCCCUGCUGCCGAUGACAGAUGCGUUGGAGGUUCUUGGGACCUGGAAGGCGAACAACUUUCACCAUCACGUAGGGCCCGGUGCUCACAUGACACACUACCCUGUGGCGAAUCAUAAAGCCCUUAAUGUAGUCAUCGUCCUCUCGGACCCGCAGCCAUGGCCGGACCACGACAACAUGGUGGCCGAGGGCUCGCGCGAGAAGCUCGAGGCAGCUCUGCAAGACUGGCACCCGACCGUGCUGAAACUUGUCCGGCGCCUGCCCGAUAAACUCAAUACUUGGGCUCUAUUCGACCUCGGCGAUUACCCGUUACCGAGGUAUAACGCGGGCCGAAUCUGUGUUGCUGGGGACGCCGCUCAUGCCACCACUCCUCACCAUGGUGCUGGGGCAUGCUUGGGAAUUGAAGAUGCACUGUGUCUCAACAUUCUGCUAGGCCAGGUGUGCAGCAACAAUAAUGCAGAUCUCAACCACGCCGUCGAGGUGGCAUUUGGGGUAUUCGACAAGAUACGAAGGCCAAGAACCCAGUGGCUUGUGAACAGCAGCAGGCGGGCUUGUGACUUGUACCACCAGCAAGAAUGGGCCGAUCCAAGCCGGCGCGUCAAAGCAGAGACGUGCUUUGAAGAAAUGCGAGACCGGUCCUACAAGAUCUGGCACUUCGAUGUGGAUGACAUGGUUAGACAGACCCAGGCCGAGUACAACAGGCGGCUGCUCGACUGCAGUGUAGAGAAUGGCCCAGGGAGGAAGUUUGGUUACGUACUAUGA